AUGGCAGGUGACGGCGAGAAGGAGCUUUCUCUACAGGAUCUUUCCACUAGGAUAGAUUCUAUGGAUGGAAGAUUUGGUACAUUGGAGGCGUCUCUUCAGAACCUUCAACAAGCCAUUGAAGGACUUACCCUUCACCUCAACAUUGAGAAUAACUUUGUUGACUGUCUUCACCUAAGAGGAACUAGAGUUAGGCUAUCCCGACAUCCACCCCCGUACAAUCCUCAAACCCCUCCUGUUCAUCCCCCUCCAAAUCAACCAAGUCCAAACCAACCACCUCCAUAUCAACCCCCUCUGCAUCAACCUCCUCCAUAUCAAACCCCUCCACAUCAUAGACGACAUCCCAACCAACCCCUCUUCCAUGAUGAAUCUAGUGACGAAGGAGGGAACUAUGGUGCCCAAUUUGAGGGACCAUGGUACGAUAACGUCUCGAGCGAAGAAGAAGGAGGGAAACCUUAUGGCAGAGGUCGGGGUAGAGGCUUCUGA